CAACAAAACCCUAAUUAGAUUUGGGAAUUCUCUUCCACUUUCUCAAAACUGUGACGUUAUCCAAAAACAAGAAAUCUUCUCCAACGGUUACAACACUCGGCGACGAAUUCAACGCAUCCGAAUUAUUGUUUGGAAAUUGCUACACGUUAUUUGCAUAUUUUGGGGGAAAAUUUUGAAUUCAGUUGUAGGAGAGACGUCAAUUCCCGAUCUUCUUCUCCAAAUCCCGAUUUCUGCGAAUUUCAGUUGCGGAUUUGUUCAACUGAACAAAACCUCAUGCAGAUCAUCGAGACGUGUGAGUGUGCGACCUUUCUCUGUUUUUUUUUUUUUUUUUUUGUCUAUGAUGCGUAUAGCUUCAAUGUAUUCGAAGAAAUGCCUGUGUGGAGAAUUUGAAUGAAUGAACAGAUCGUCAUGAAGAAUUGUUUUGGAUAAUUGAUUGGGGAUUUCACAAAGUCCUGUUCGUUCUGAACUCCUUCGAAUGUGUUAAAGCGGUCCGUGAUGGUAGUAUGAGAUUAUGCUUUCUUUCUUUGCUCAUCAUUAAUGGCGACGACAUUAAAUGGUUCUUUGAAUAAUCGGGAAAACAUGACCAACUGUUUCCCGGGAUCUCUAAACAAUCGGCAGGGCUUCUCCAGCGCCGGGGGCAGUGCGCCGCCGGAGGAUAAACCUAAGAAGCUUCCAAAUUAUCUCAGAGCUUCCACUGGUUCUUGCCACGAUUUUUGUAAAUAUGGAGGACACCACGAGAAUAGGCGAAAACCUCUGCAAAAAAUAUGGCCAAAAUCUUCCCAAAAUGUCACGAAAUCUGCAGAUAUGGCCAUUCCCGGCAAGCGAAAAAUGCAGAACGCAGUCGAGCACAACAAGCCAGAGUCAUCCGGUUUUAAGACAACAUCGGAUGGCGGCGCAAACAGAAAGGGACAAAGAUGCAGCAAUGCGAAAACAGGGAGAACAAGGAAAACAUCGGUAUCUUCCGGUAAAAGGCUAAUUUCAUCGCCUCAUAGAACGAUCGGGGCUUCCAAUCACGACGAUUGUAAUGGAACCUUAGACACUGUCAGGACAGGAACAGAGAUUGUCGACGCAGCCGUAAAUGCCACAUCAUCAUCAUCAUCAUCGCCCCUGUCUUCGACUAAUGACACAAAGGACAGGUUUUCGAGUCCCCGGAGGCUCAGGUUUAGGACAUCGAGGAUCAUCGAGGCUGCAAGCGGAAAGAACGCAGAUGAUGAGUGUCUGAAAAUCAAUCUGAAGCAUCAGACAGUGCAGAGGAAGAAAGAAAGGGAAGGUUUGCUGAAUAAUGUGAUCGAAGAAACGGCUAAUAAGCUUGUCCUAAGCGAGAAGAGUAAAGUGAAAGCUCUUGUGGGCGCAUUUGAAGCUGUGAUUUCUCUCCAAGAAGAAAAUCCCAGGGCACACUGAUCUCUCCCACCUCAAGACAAAUCGUUUCUGCUCCAAAUUCGCCAAGAACAAUUCCAGAUAUGUCUGAAAUUAGGGGCGUCUGCCGGAAGUGAGCUGCGUUUGGAGUGAGGUUUGAUUUUGAGUGCUCGAUUUCGUGUUUUGUUACUGAUCCGUGAAUGUCGAUUAUUCUCUGCAUUUGUGUGGGCGAUCGGGUGGGAUUUUCAUGUCUUCAAUCUUUCUUAGGACUAUAUAUUUGGUGGUGAUUUGAUUUGGAACGGCCAAGCUUCAACUAGAUGAUAAACUAGCUAUCAUUUGACCAACAUUGAGAUUUGUUUUGGACGAAGAGGUC